AAUAAAGCUUAUCAUUUGGUAGGUGCCAUAUUACAUUGGGGAACGAGGGAGCAUGGACAUUACCAAUGCCUGAUAAGAAGAGGCGAGUUUUUUUUCAAAUGUGAUGACGAAAAAGUGAGCAAUGUUAAUCAAGAAACAGUUAAGGAACUACUUUCUUAUAACGCAUGCAUCCUAAUCUAUCGUAUGAUGCAGUCUUGGCGCUGACAGGAAGUGCAAACAUACCUCCUAGCAGUGACAUAUUACCGGUAUUUGUCAUUCGGAAUCCGAGUCAGCAGAAAUGGCCGUUACUGUCAAGUAACUACAUCCGGAUCGGACGUUAGUACUUACGACUGCAUUUUUCUACAAUACCCAUGACGUAUUAUCGUCUGGCGGGUGUAGAAUACAUCGGGAUCAGACGUGAAUAAUAAUGACAGCUUCAGUGUCUACAAUACCCAUGACGUAUAAUCGUCUGGCGGGCGUAGACUACGUCUGGAUCAGACGUGAAUAAUCAUGACAGCUUCAGUGUCUACAAUACCCAUGACGUAUAAUCGUCUGGCGGGCGUAGACUACGUCUGGAUCAGACGUGAAUAAUCAUGACAGCUUCAGUGUCUACAAUACCCAUGACGUAUAAUCGUCUGGCGGGCGUAGAAUACAUCGGGAUCGGACGUGAAUAAUCAUAACAGCUUCAGUAUCCAGUUCCACAAUACCCAUGACGUAUAAUCGUCUUGCGGGCGUAGACUACGUCUGGAUCAGACGUGAAUAAUCAUGACAGUUUCAGUAUCUACAAUACCCAUGACGUAUUAUCGUCUUGCGGGCGUAGAAUACAUCCGAAUAAGAUGUGCAUUGUCAUACUCGUGUGUGUGUCUUGUUUGUGUGUGUGUUGUGUACAUGCUGGUGUUGUAUGCUGGAAAGGGCGGUGGCAGAUUGGAGGAGGGCAUGUGAGUGAUGCAUGCAGGUGCGUUACUGUACUUCACUUGUUAGGGUCAUGAUGCUGUGUCACUUUCAGCAUGUCUGCCUGUUCGUGUGAAUGUGUGUGGCGUAAUGUGUUACCCUUGUUCACUGCAUUGGUCAUUGUUCAUUCGUAUUGUCCGUCUUUUGGACGGGCUCUAGACGUAGCUUUUGCGUUAAUUUUUUUUUUUUAGUAACGGUGCAGCAAAUGGGCAUCAAUAAUUUCUCUACGGAAUAAGAAUAAGCUGCGUCUAGUGCGGGCAGCGUGGUACAUGAAUGUAUCUCUUGGAGCAACCUCCACAGAUAUACCGCUUUCAUCGCCCUUGAUAGGUACAUUCAUGUAUCAUUCCAUCCGGCUCCUCGCGCCGCUGCCUGGGGUGGCUGAUUUUGCCCGCCACGCUGAGAGAUGGAAACAUGUGAGGAAACGUUUUUGAUGUGCCUCAAUCCGCCGACAUCUCCCCUUCAACGGCUAAAAAAUAACAAAUGCGAUAAGUAUGAUCUAUGACUGACUCUACUGCACUUGGCGAAGAAUACUGAGUAAAACCUUAACCAUGUGCUAUGGUAUGAUUAUCGAUUCCCUCAUCCCAAUGUAGCAUGAACCUUAACACCAGACCCGAUAUUCCUCGACGUGUUUCUAACUGAUUAUUUUCCAGAGGUUUCAACCUUUGUGUCUUGUUUUGACGUUUCCAGGACGGGGGGCGGCCUCGGGAUCGGUCGCUGGUUCUGCGUACCGGCAGAGAGCCCUACCGGAGCCGGCGCGGAGGCCACCGGCCAACACGGCAGCCGGCGCUGUGCGCGGAGGUGCGGGUGGCCGUGUUUGGUAACUCACACGCCAUCCGCGCCUUCGUGCACCCGAUCGCCGAGGACGCUUCCCGGCACAUCGGGCGGCACCGUCUCGACGUCAAGUGGGUGCGGCCGGACGGCGGCACGAUCGGUGGCCUCGGUGGCGGCUCCAGCGAGGACUGGCGUCGUCUGGACGCCGCCACCCAUGCUCUGGACGGGGUCUGGCCCUCCUUCGCAGUCAUCUGCGUUGGCGGGCCGGCCCUCGUCCCGAGGCGGGGUGACCGCGUCCAGGGAGCACCAGUGCCUCUGCUCGAGGACGCCGCCGGGGCCGCCGCUCGCGUCGUCUCCGGCAUGGAGCACUGGCUCAGCACCCUGGAGCUGGUGAUCCCAGGCACCCGCGCCGUCAUCCUAAGCGUCCUGCCGGAGAGGGACCUGUCGGCGGAGGCCCUGGACAUGUUCCGGGGCCUCAGCCUGACCCUCUGGCAGGUCGCCAGGCAGCGCGGGGCAGCCUUCCUGGACGUCGAGGCGGUCCUGCGCCGGGAUGUCGCCGGCAUGGCUCCAAGCUCCGCCACCGCCACCCCGGACCCGGCCGUGCUCCAGGGUGUCACGCCCGGCCACGCCUCCUCCCGCCCCGCCACCGACGACACGGCCCCGGGGCGCGGCACCAGCCGAGCGGCCCUCCAAGCCGCCAUAGGCCACCUACAGCUGGAGGCUGAGGAGGGCCUGCUACCCAACCGGCUACUCACGGCCUCGCGGGCCGUGGCGUCCGUCGCCACCGAGGUCCUGGAGGAGGCGGAGAGGGCGGCGAGGGAGGUGGCAGCGUGCCGAGCUGCCCUCGCCGAGGCCCAGCGCGCGCCGGUCCCGGACGUCGCCUGGGCCACGGGGUGGGUUCCCGGACGCCCGCCGCCGCCGGACGCCAACGCCGCUCCACCGGUCUCGGCGUUGUAUGAUGAUGACGGCGUCCACCUGACGCCGUCAGCAUACAGCGCCAUCAGGCGCGAGCUGGUGAGGCUGUGCCUCACCAGCGAGUAGGCCAGCGCAGUGCUGGCCUGUAGCCACGUGUCAAGUGUUUAGCUUUAUGUUUAUUUAAUCUUUCUCUAGCUUUAUGUAGUCCAGAUAUGGUCCAUUCUGCUGAUAUCAGGGAUUAGAGAUGUCAAUCAGAUACCAAUUUUUUGGUAUAACGAUACCAACCGAUACCGACUUGGUAUUUGGUAUUUCAAUCCAAAUGUGUUUGGUAUUUUUGUUUGUAUCAUGGAUCCUCGCUAAUGUGAAAGGGGCUGUGAAUUUGGUUAAAAGGUUGUAUUUCCAUCAUAUUUCCUAGUUGGUUCGGUCUCAGUAUUUUCCUACGGUUUUGGUUGGUAUUUGGUUUGGUAUCGGUAUUCAGAUUUUCUGUAACUGACAUCACUAUCAGGGAUACCUUCUAGAACAGAUGGUCUUCAUGCUAGUCCUUGGUUCCUUAUGACAAGUACAAAUCAUAUGAGGCGAAGGCUGUGAUGAGUAGUUGAUGUUCGUCAUAUUUUCUCCAGGAGCGUAGGUAAACAUAUUUCUGCUCAGGCGUAUUAAUUUGGGAUCUAAGUAGUUUCUCCUGCGUUUUCUUUUUUAUAAUCAUAACGUGAUCUUCUAAUGUCGUGUUAUGGGCGCCGAUGACCACUGCAGUCCGGACGCCCAAAAACCUCAAACCAUCGCCGUCAUCAUCAUCAUCAUCAUCAUCAUGGCUUCUUAUUCUCAGUGGCAUUUAUGAUGGGACCUUUCGUUCAGCUGAUGGCUGACCGCCCGGUGACGACCGUUUGUGUAGUGUUGUGCGACUUUGU